AGGAUGUCCUCUGGCUUUCAGAUUAAUGUUUUUAAUGUCCAGUUCUGUAACAAAAUUCGUAAACAUUUAGAUAGGUGAACAUAACUGACCCUGACUAUCACUAUUUCGUGUUUGAUCGCUACUAUUUUCCGGCAUCAUUAACGUACGCUAGACAGAGUAUCUAGCUAGCUACACGUAGCCUACGACGAUUGACGAUUGAUUAGUGUAGCCUGCUGAAGAUAAAAAUGGCAGCGUAUUCUUAAAUGUUUCGUAUCAUAGCUUAUUGACAACGGAUAGCUUAUUUCAAGGGUGUUCUUAAAAGGUUUUUUUACGCGUAGUAUACGAUGGAGUUUAAAUGGCGGGGGUAAUGAGGAGUCGAUGAGAUGGGCAGCCGCAGACGAAGUAGCGGGUAUGCCCUGUGAACGCCUGCCCCGGCCCUGUCAGCACUGGAACACAGAAUACGACAGAAGCAAGAGGCACGAGCUUCUAUCAACUCCACCGAAAUAAGUGUGCUGGUGCCUGGGUUCGUCCUGUGUCAUAUCUGCCGUCCCCUCACACUGGCUGAACUAUGUAGACGGCUGUGCUUCCCCUUUUAAUUUUCGCAAAUGAAAAUGGAGGAUAUGUCUCUGUCGGGCCUGGAUAACACCAAGCUGGAGGCCUUAGCUCAUGACAUAUACCAAGACCUGGUGGAAGAUGCCUGUCUGGGUGUGUGCUUUGAGGUACACAGGGCAGUCAAGCAAGGCUACUUCUUCCUGGAUGACACCGACCAAGACAGCAUGAAGGACUUUGAAAUCGUGGACCAGCCGGGGGUGGACAUAUUCGGGCAGGUGUACAACCAGUGGAAGAACAAGGAGUGCGUGUGCCCCAACUGCAGCCGCAGCAUCGCCGCCUCCCGCUUCGCCCCUCACCUGGAGAAGUGCCUGGGCAUGGGCCGUAACAGCAGCCGCAUCGCCAACCGCAGAAUAGCCAGCAGCAACAAUAUGAGCAAGUCAGAGAGUGACCAGGAGGACAAUGAUGACAUCAAUGACAAUGACUGGUCGUACGGAUCUGAAAAGAAAGCUAAGAAGAGGAAGUCAGAUAAGAAUCCCAAUUCUCCCAGAAGAUCGAAAACUUUGAAACAUAAAAAUGGAGAACUCAGCAGUAGCGUUAGCGCCGAUCCUUAUAAGUACAAUUAUAAUUCUGGCAUCAGCUAUGAAACCUUGGGCCCAGAAGAACUGAGGUCUUUACUGACGACGCAAUGCGGGGUGGUAUCCGAGCACACGAAGAAGAUGUGCACACGGUCACUGCGGUGUCCCCAGCACACGGACGAACAGAGGAGGACCGUCCGGGUGUUCCUCUUGGGGCCAUCUGCGUCGACGCUGCCAGACGCGGAUGCGGUGGUGGAGGGCGACGGUUUCGAUGGCCCAGAUGGGCAGGCUUUGAUUGGCCGGCUACAGUGGGAUGGAUCUUCAGACAUCUCUCCGUCUGACUCGGCCUCUUCCAAAGCAAGCACCAACAACUCGGACUCCAAGAAGCCCAAGAAGAAGAAGAAGCCGUCUCUGGGUCUGAACAGUGCCGGGGGAGGUGGGAGUGGGGUGGGAGGCGGGGUCGGCGGGGGCAGCGGGGGUAGUGGCGUGACUGGCGGCUCACAGGGAGGCCUGGGCCUUUCCAGCCGGAAGAAAAAACCCAAACUGCCCGCGCCCCCCACCCCCAGCAUUUACGAUGACAUGAACUAGCACGUGCAGCUCGCCCCUCCCACACGCGGCUAUCCCCCCUCUCCCACCCCCUCCCCCAGCAGCUGAACGAAACGGACGUUGGCGGAAAAGCGAAGGCGCUGGCCGAGAGCGGCGACUUCCGGCGCCUUCCGUGUGUAUGCGGCAGAGUGCAGCGGCCCAUCGGUUCCGCUCUGGAAGCGGCUCCUCCCGUCUUUCACGCUCUGUUUACCGGCUCAUGCCCGUAGACGCAGCCACACCCCCGCGCACACAAAGGGCCCGAGGGUGGCUAGAGAGAGGCGCUGGCGUGGGGAAGGAGCGGGAUGUUACUGUUAUCAGCUUGUGUCAUGUGGAUCACCACAGUAAUGUGAUAAAAGCCCCCCUGAGAGAGCGCGCUUUUCCUCGCGGAUGGCUUCACUCUAUGCAGUUUUCAUGCGUACAAAAAAAAAAAAAAAAACGGUGAGUGUUGUAUGUGCGUACCUCCAGAUGGACGCUGCACACUCAGAAAUUACUGUACGUGUUGUACAUAUCACAUGUCUCCCAUCUUAUCAUUUCUACAGUUUUUCAUAAGCUGCAGAGGUAAUUCCACUUGAGUAGGUUAAGAUCCCUUGAAUCAUAAAGGAAAUAAACUGAAUAUGGAGACCACGAUAUCAUUCCUCAAAACUACAGUGGUUCAGUGCUUCUUUUUUGAUCAGAUUGCAUAAGCUGUGGGACCAAUGAAGAUUGAUAUAUCCUUUUCUUUUUUGUUGUCAAGAUGGAAAAGUGAUGUUACUGUAUGCCUCUUUUGCUGAGCGCAGUGGUGUUGGUUGUGUAUUAGGCGCAUUGGUCUGGAGCAGCUCAGAGCGGCAUCGCCUCACUCACAAAGGCUUUUGCACAUUGCCAUCGGCUGUGCUUUUAGUGUGAUAUGUCAGGGGUGCUGUCAGGUGGUGGUGUUUGUAAGAACAUGGUAAUGUACAUAACGGUGUAUGUACAUGAGUGUGAACAUGGUCUUGAUUCACAUGUGCGUCUGUACUGUGUAUGGAUUUACAUACAUGUCACUUCCAUGUCCAUUAUAUGACUUGAAUGUGGAUUUGGCAGUUAGCUAUGCAUCUUUGUGGUGAGUAUGGUAUGUGACUGAGUGCGUUUGUGUGUGUGCGUAUGUGUGUGUGGUUGUAUGUCAUUUAUAUUUGCAGCUUGUAUAGCCUGGUAUAUUUGACUGUGUCGUGUGCAUUUUAGAAUGUGUGGUUUUGUAAAUGCAACAGUGAACAUGUGUGUUGCUGUGUAAGGUCUGAUGUGUGUGUGUGUGUGUGUUUUUGUGGUCCACAUCUAUCUGUGUGCCACUGGGUUUGUGUUCCUCCGCAUGUGCUCUGUAAAAGAAUCAUGAAGCUUUGCAAUCCUCCUUGAGGCUGUCCCACACUAGUGAACAUUCUGUUUUCCCAUUGCUUCCUUCAGAAUUACUAUUACUAACACAGCCUGUUUUAAUGAGGCCCUGGCAACAACUAGCUUAUGUAUGACGAGGGUCAAAGUGUCUGCAUUAAAAAUACUUACGCAUAUAUGUACUGUAUGUAUGUUUGUAUGUAUGUGUGUGUGUGCAUUGCUGGAAUUUUAAUGCUGUGUAUAUCUUUAUACUGUACCUCAAGAGGUUGGAAACGUUGACUUGAUUGCUGUAGCAUGAAAGGCAUUGGCAGCUUUUAUUUGAACCUUUUUACUUUCUUUUGAUUCUGUGGUACAAACAGAAAACACUCUUUCUGGUGAGUCCAUGAGGUUUGUUGGAUUCUGAGAUGGAUGAAGCGUUGACAGACACACGUUGACCUCAGCACCCCGCUUUCUUGUAGCCGUAGACACGACUUCUUCGUCUGGAUUCAUUUAAAAUUCAUGUCUGUUGCCAGUUUUUAGGUUAAGGUCAGAUUUAGGUUUAGUUCUUGGAAAGCUAAAUGGAAGCUCUGGACCUCACGCUCAUCACUGUUGCAGAUCCAGCUCUAGUCCUGGUCUCACUUUAAGAAAGGGCCAAAUUAGAAUCCUCUGGGAAGUAACCCAGGUUUGGCCUGUACCAGCGUCUGAUCACAGCGGGCAGAUCCGUGUUUUGUUGAAAUCUUUUACUUUUGCAGUGGGGCGUUACUAGGUCUGUUUCGAAACCACUUCCUAAUUCUGUUAACUGAAGUGGCUGAGAAGAACUCGCAGACACAAACACAUUGUCAAGUCAAAAACAAAUGGAAGCAAAUGUUGUAUUUAUUUAUCUUAUGGUUCCUUCAAAGGGGCAUUUUCAAUUGACAUGUAGAAUGGAGGAAGGCCCGAGUAUUGAUGUGUGUCCGUGUGUCUCAUUUGAAAAUGUGUGGAGACAGUUUUCUUGCGCCUCAGUGGUCUCUGUCAAUACGUUGUUGUUGGCAACGAGAUUUUAAAAAUCAUUAUUCAAAAAGAGGAAGAUGUAUUUUUCACACUUGUGCAUCUAUAUGUGCAUGUGUGUAUGUUAUGUGAAUAUCAUGGUGUACAACAAACUAUUAUUCUGAUUUUUUUCUGUUGUCUCAAUGUGUACUGUGGCUGCCUUUUAGUAUGAAUAAAUUCCAGUGUCAUUCAGGAUUCCAGGUGUCAUUGUCCCUGGCUCCAGCUCCUAAUUUCUGUUUCAUAUUUUACUCCUAACCUUUAAGUUUACGUAACAGUGUGCAAACAUAUUGAAACAAAUGAAUGGUAAUACUGCACUAAACAUAGGGCAAUAGAUCUAGAUUGAUUCCCUUGUACUUUGGCCUCUAAAGGUAGA